GCACUGUGUUACAGCUGAGCUCAUGAGGGAGGGCGCAUCAGGUAACCAUGGCGCAGUAUGUGUUAUGAGGGGGGCACGCCGUGUGCAUUCUGCUUCUAUUAGCCAUUUCAGCAUUACAGAGACCGGUUGAUCGAUCAGAAUCUGGACCUGGCGUUGCCAUAUUGUGUUGUAGUUGGACUCAAGUGGACGAUAACAGAGCUAUCUGUGGCUGCAUGUCAGUAACAGGCCUCUGGAGAUGAUGAUGGAUGUAAAGCGGCACUCGGGGAGGAGCGCCAUGCCUCAGCUGCUCGUGAAGAUUGUUGGCGGAAAACAAAUUAAGCAACUCAUUGAUCCGAACAGGACUGAAGCUGCUGGCAGGCAGAAUGAAGACCCCAGUGAUGCUCCCACAGUGAUGAAGACUUCAGCACAAAAACUAGAGCUGCUUAGUCCCUCUAAAAACACAGAAAGUGCCAUCAUCCAUGCUGCUCUCGCACAGGUUCCAGACAGAGUGUGUGUAACAGCUCCCAGUGGAGAUCGCUCACACUCCUACAUCCACCUCAGGAGACCCGCUGCUAACAACACUAAAACACUGCUGCAGUCACACACAGAGCAGGAGGUCAGGCACGUCCAUCCUGAGGACUGGCUCCUCUUACUGGUCUCAGAGGAACUUGAGGGCUGGAAGCUCCAAACAUUAGAAAAGCUGGAGGAGGACGUUGCAGCUCUUGACCCCUCCCACACGGGCAGCGUCCACCAGUCAGAACUGACAUACCUGUUUCUCAGGUGGCAGGUGCCCCUCAGGCUGCCCACCCUGGCCUCUCUCCUGAACGUCUUCUGUAGCUCCGCCCACCCUGAGCAGGUGAUGUAUGAGAAGCUGCUGCGCUUCAUACAGAAACGGACUCAGCACCAGGAGGUGCAGACGGCAGAGGUAGAUAUCUGGAAGGCGUCUCCUGAACUGGGGAAUGGCAGCGAUGUGGGCUCAUUGUGGAGUGAAGGUGUGCUGAUGUCUGUAGACCCUGGUGAAACUGAGACGUGGCUUCAGAGGUUCCAGAAAAUGGAGAGUGCCUUGCGAUUGUGCGACAGCCGGAAUACGGGAUACAUAGAAAAGGAGCAGGCCAGGCGUUUGAUCCAGAACUACAGCCAGAUCUUCGAUUUAAACCUGAGUCCACUGAAGAUCAACGAGGUGAUGAGAAUUGCUCAGCUACAUGGCCGAGUUCACCUGGUCACUGCACUACAGCUAUUGAAGGAUCGCUGAGCAUUGGACUGACCCUACACAAGCGUGGCUUUUCUUCUCUUGAAAGCAUUAUUUGAGAAAACCUUGUCACCCCAAACAUAUACAAGUGUGGAGUGGAAUAAAAUAAAUAUUAUUAAUAUAUAAAAAUGUCACUGUAACAAUGGCCUAGCAUUGUGCAAGUCAUAGGUGGAUAAUUAUAAACGUAGUAAUAUGUUGUGCUAGAAAUAAA